AUUCUGGCCCUUGGAAAAGCCGGGGUUGGUAAAAGUGCUACGAUAAAUUCCAUCUUGGGCGACCAGAAAGCCUCCAUUGAUGCUUUUCGACCUUCCACCACUUCCGUGAGAGAAAUAUCAGGGACAGUCGGUGGGGUCAAGAUUACAGUCAUUGACACCCCAGGUCUGAAGUCUUCCGCCAUGGAUCAAAGUACAAAUUCCAAGCUAUUAUCAUCGGUAAAGAAGGUAACCAAGAAGUGUCCCCCAGAUAUUGUUCUCUAUGUUGACCGUCUUGAUGCCCAGAACAGGGACCUAAACAAUCUGCCCUUGCUACGGACGAUCACUGCAAACCUCGGUUCAUCCAUAUGGAAGAAUGCCAUAGUGACAUUGACCCAUGCUGCUUCUGCCCCUCCUGAUGGGCCAUCAGGAACCCCUUUGAGCUAUGACGUGUUUGUUGCUCAGUGCUCGCAUAUUGUUCAGCAAUCUAUUGGCCAGGCUGUUGGUGAUCUUCGUCUGAUGAAUCCAAGCCUGAUGAAUCCGGUUUCUCUUGUUGAGAAUCAUCCGUUGUGCAGAAAGAACCGGGAUGGAGAGAAGGUUCUCCCCAAUGGCCAGACUUGGAGGCCUCAGUUGUUGCUGUUGUGCUACUCCUUGAAGAUUCUGUCAGAAGCAAAUUCUCUGUUGAAACCUCAAGAACCUUUAGACCACCGCAAACUGUUUGGGUUCCGUGUCCGUUCCCCACCUCUCCCAUACUUGUUGUCUUGGCUGUUGCAGUCUCGUACCCA